CCUUCCUGUCCGGCCGGUCGCGACCGCUGAGGUUCCGGCUGCAGCAGCUGGAGGCCCUGCGCAGGAUGUUGCAGGAGCGCGAGAAGGACAUCGUGGCGGCCAUCGGCGCCGACCUGCGCAAGGGAUAAGGCCUUGCUCUGGCUUUGAGAGCCUCCCUCACUUCCUCCCAGUCAAAGAUUAUUUUGAGGAGGAGUAGCAACAGUAACUAUAAACUUCCCUUUAUAGUACUUCCGGUGGAGAGGGGCUGUGAUACCAAAUAAACAAGAUGGGAUAAUUAAGAUCUCAGAGUCUGAGUCCUUCCUUCUACAAGUAUCAGAUAUGUAUGUGAGUGUGUGCACAUACGGUAUUACUAAAGAAGUACAGUAAGUUCUUUGCCCUUGAGAGUUUUAAAUUUGAUUGGAAAACAAAAUAUACAUAGAAAAAAAUGUGAGUGUUGUUAUAAACGAGUGUAUUAGGGGUGAAAUAUUAAGGUACAGGUGAAAAGCAUAAUUGCUAUGAUUUAUAAAGUGUGAUCAGACAGGCUAUCGUUAAUCAGGGAAGUCUUCCUGAAAGAGGUAAUGUUUGAGCCUGAGUUUAAGUGGCUUGGAUCGUUAAAGAAGGAUUUAGAGGGAUGAAGUUAUAUUAGGGAACUAACAAGUCUUUGUUGAGGGCUUCAAGCUUUUAAAAGGAACCCAAAAGGCACACCAACUAGCCUGAUUACGCCCGUUGUCACUGCAGCUGUGCCUGGCUUGAAGUUUCUGACAUUCGGGGCUAAGUGUAUGACACUCAUGCAAGGCUAACUGUAGUUCUCUUAUAACAGAGCGAAUUCAAUGCAUACGUUCAGGAAUUCCUUACUCUUCUUGGGGAGAUUGACCUUGUGCUGGAGAAGCUUCCUGAAUGGGUUAAGGCUACACCAGCUAAGAAGAACAUGCUCAUCAUGCUGGAUGAGGCCUACAUUCAGCCACAGCCACUGGGAGUUGUACUGAUUAUUGGAGCUUGGAACUACCCCCUUGUUCUCCUCAUUCAACCUCUGAUAGGAGCCAUUGCUGCAGGAAAUGCUGUGAUUAUGAAGCCUUCUGAAGUAAGUGAAAAUACAGCCAAGAUCUUGGCUAAGCUGCUCCCUCAGUAUUUAGACCAGGACCUGUAUGUUGUUGUUAAUGGUGGCAUCGAGGAGACCACAGAACUUCUCAAGCAGCAAUUUGACCACAUUUUAUAUACGGGAAACACUAUGGUUGGAAAAAUUAUCAUGGAAGCUGCUGCCAAACAUCUGACCCCUGUGACUCUUGAACUUGGGGGUAAGAGUCCGUGCUACGUUGACAGAGACUGUGACCUGGAUGUCGCCUGCAGACGCAUCGCCUGGGGGAAGUACAUGAAUUGCGGCCAAACCUGCGUUGCUCCUGACUACAUCCUCUGUGAGUCAUCCCUCCAGAAUCAAAUCGUGCAGAAGGUGAAGGAGACCUUGAAGGAAUUUUAUGGAGAAAAUAUAAAAGAAUCUCCUGAUUAUGAAAGGAUCAUCAAUCUUCGUCACUUUAAGAGGAUACUAAGUUUGCUUGAAGGACAAAAGAUAGCUUUUGGUGGAGAGACCGAUGAAGCCACACGCUAUGUAGCCCCAACGGUACUUAUUGAUGUUGAUCCUGAAAGCAAGGUGAUGCAAGAAGAAAUUUUUGGACCAAUUCUUCCAAUAGUGCCUGUAAAGAAUGCAGAGGAGGCCAUAAGAUUCAUAAAUGAACGUGAAAAGCCCCUGGCUUUCUAUGUAUUUUCUCAUAACGAUAAGCUCGUCAAACGGAUGAUUGAGGGCACAUCCAGCGGCGCCGUCACAGUCAACGACGUCGUAGUGCACUUCAUGCUCAGCUCGUUACCCUUUGGAGGAGUGGGUUCAAGUGGGAUGGGAGCUUAUCAUGGAAAACACAGUUUUGAUACUUUUUCUCAUCAACGUUCCUGUUUAUUAAGAAAUUUUAAGAGAGAAUUUGUUAACAAACUCAGAUACCCUCCCAGCAGCCAGUCAAAGGUGGACUGGGCCAAAUUUGUCUUAUUAAAACAGUUCAGCAAAGGAAAACUCUGUCUCCUGUUACUCGCUUUCCUGGGCGCUGUGGUGGCUGUGCUGGUCAAGAAAUACCAAGCUGUGCUGAGGAGAAAGGCCCUGUUGAUUUUUCUGGCAGUUCACAGACUGUGUUGUCCAAUGAACAGCAGAUUUCAAGCCCCAGCUUUGUUAAGAGUGAGGCUGGAUACUUCUGAAGAAUGAUCCUGUUCAACCUCCUAGUUGCCGCUACUGAAUUAUUCCUCUGUUAAUAGUUAAUGAACCAGUAAUUUUAAAACCUACCAGAAAUAGCAAGAAAAUAUGCAAAUACACUGUAAUCAAACCUAAAAUUCAUUGCCACUCACAAUUAAAACUUGCCAUUUAAGCCAAAUCUCACCGUUCUCCAGUAGUGAGGAUACUCAGAGAACCUAUUUUAGAUUGUGUUACCCAGAUCUUAGAGCUCUGGGCUAGGGGAGCGGAAUGCAUUAGUCUAAACCUGAGCUCCUUGGGGAGGUCCAGGAAUCUCGGAACCCGCUUAGUGACUUCUUCCCUCCAGCACCCACCUCCACGGCUGCCGCCAGCACUCUGCGAAGCUUUAAGAGCACUGCUCAGGGUUACAGCAGUCCAGAGAGGUGAGGCUGGAUCUUCCCAGCUCCCCUUGAGGUUUGAGGCACUAGAACUGUGGGGGAGGCGUGGGGGGCGGUCCCUGACCCUCAUCCGCUGGGACUUGAGAAUCUGAUCUCCAGGAGUUGGCCCUCCUGUCAGACUUGACACCUCAGCAGUGCUCUUCCUCCUUUCUCAGCCAUUCUCCAUCCUGUCUGUGUUUGGUUUGUGGCAGUCUCUUGUCCCUAUCCACAAAUGCUUUUUGUGGUUACUCUCACUCAAAGCAUCUUAUAAAUCCUAGGGCUUCCUGAACGAUAGUUGCCAGUUUCAUGCAAGUAUCAUCUGUCAUUCUUCCGGUGUAGGAGUUGUAGAAUUCUGCAUCUUAUGAAAUCUAACUGGCAUUUUGUAAAUGCUGUAAUGAAAGUACUUAUACAAUACUUAUCCUCUCCCAGGACCCUAAAGUUGCAAGUUAGUCGAUCUCCAAAGACAAAUCUUUCAUGUUCUUAUUUCUGUAGUACAAUGCAAGUAAAUUUCACUUUUUUAAACUUCAGAGAGAUCCCUUUCUGAAUAAAUUCAGCCCACAGAACUUAACACAGGGACAUCAUUUCCUGUCACAGACAAGAGGCCUUGGAUAUUCAGGACUUGGGAGCCUGAGAGCUCAGGGGGCCAAUGGUGGGACAUCUGGAGAAGGACUCUAAGCCACAGCAGGUGACCCCUCAGAAGGGGACCGAGGACGUAAGAAGAGGAUCUCCUGAGCGUGCCCAGGACGCUGCGUACUUCGCCAAGUGGGAAGUCCUAAGACGUGGAGUGCAGCCUCCCUGCCGGACGGGGCGCACCCCCACCUUCCGCGCCCCUGGCUUGAAAACACUCGCCCACUCGGGGGGAAUGGGAUUCACUUUAUAGGACAUUUAAUCAACUUUGUUGAAUGAAUUUGUUCCAUUAAUGCUGUCUGAAGUAUGUUAUGUCUAUGUGAUUGCACAGGAUGUGGUGUCAGGAAUUAAUCACUAGGCUAAUUUAGGAAAAAGCUGCUUAAAUUGUGGCUCUCACUCUCAGAAUAAUCAAUCAUAAAAUAUCUUAGACAAAAUGUCAAUGUGGGAUUUUCAUUUAGUAUAAUAAGUUGUACAUUAUAAUUGCUAAUUAAACUAAACUGGCUUGUCUACUAGUAUAUACUGCUUCAAAAUAAAUACAUUAUAUUUGAUAAAA